AUGCUUAAAUUAUCAAAAUUUAGUUUAAGCAGGGCAAAUACUGCUAAAAUCGCACAAUAUGUUGACAGAGUCAUUUAUCUGGGAAAGAGAAACCUUCUAUUCAGAGUCAACAUUACUCAUCUCUACUCCAUCUGGAACAUGUGUAAGACUGAGAAGGACUAUAAGUAUGCCUUAACUGCUGUAAACCACUUUUACAAUUUCGGAAGGCAGCUUACACCUGAAGCUAUAGAUAAACUAUUCGUCACUACUCUAAGAUGUAACCAAUUGGACGAAGCUAUAGAAUUAAUUCAUGGAGCUUCAGACUGGCUGAUCAGACCGCCAAGUUUGAGCUUGAUUUACUUACUGUUGGGAGAACUAAUGUCUAAAGGAGAUUUUGACAGGGUUUUUAGACUAUAUAAAAUUAUAAGAACUUCUUGGAAAAUACCUUUGACAUCAACAUUGUAUAAUUAUUUGAUUAAAUUUAUGCUCAAUAACGGAGAAUACCCAGUUGAAGACUCGUUACUAGUGUAUGGAGAUUCCGAUGUUAUGGAGGUUAAUUUACCAGAGGAGACUCAUGUACUACUGAUGGAGAGUUUAUUGAGGUUAUGGAAGGAUAAACCUGAAAUGUGUAAAUCAACAUGCCUAUAUAUCAUUAAAAGACUCGUUAAUGAGGCGUUUUGGCCACGUUAUAAGAGUAACGUUAGGUGGAAAACAUAUUAUGUUAUGAGCUGGUUCAUGUAUAGAUUUCAGGAUCAGAAAAUUAGUAUACCAGGAAUAUGUCAACACACUGGAGAUUGGCGCACAUUGCUAGAGUAUUCAUUAAACUCUGCCCUAAUGUCCUCUGAAGUACCAAUUUUUUGUGAAGAGUUUGUAACCGAACUCGGGACUCAACUCGAAUCCUUAAAAUUUUUCAAUAAAAGUUAAUAUAUUAAAUUCAAU